UUUCAUCUUUUUAAAAAAAAAAAAGUUCCGGUGAAAUGCUUUGAAAUUCAAUCUAGCCGUCGUUCUUCUUCUUCAUCUCUCCCCCGCCUACUGACUUUUAUUUAAAUUUACUGAGAAACACAGUUACGCAGGUAGGUUAAAUCUUCGAUCACGAUGGAGAUGGAGAUGGAGGAAGGAGAGGGAACUACAGAGGAGAAGUACGACGUAGACAUCGCGACCACGGCUUCUUCACUCGGCGGCUCCGGCGUCUUCCACAUCAUCAAUGACAUUCUCGGUUUCGUGCUCUAUAUGCAUCAGCAGAUCCCUUCGGUAUUGCAAGACAUGACUCUUGACUUUGAUGGAUUGCAAACUGAGUUUACUGAUCUGGAGGCGCAUCUUACACAACCAGAUGUGAAGCCACUGGUCAGGAGAAAACUAUUGAGUAGGAAAAGAGAGGUGAAGCUUGAAAUUAAGAAACUCCAGAAGCUGAUGACCACCAUCUCUACUCUCCGAAGUGCCCUCCAGUUAUUGAUCCGUGAAGCUCCUCACAUUCACAGAGUUGUGUUGAUUCUUGGUGGUAGUCCUUUACGUCCUCAAAAAGCUUAUGAACUGUUAUUCACACACGGUGAUAAUGUUUUGAGCUUUCAAGGUGACUUUUCCAAAUGCAAAGCUACUGAAUCACUUUCCAAAAAGACUAUCCGAGCACUGAUCUCGACGGGUGCUGGAUCAACUUCGUGCCCAGGCCCAAUGAGGCUCUUUAUAUUGGUUCAAGCUCCAGCUUCUCUGAAUCUUCCCCAACAUUUCCUUCCUAAACGUGACUUCAGAUACAACAGAAAGUUUGUGCCUCUAAAGCUGCGGUUCAAGUGCAAAACUCAAGAUAAUGAGACAAAUGUUCCGUUCAAUACUGACACAAAUGAUCUAAUAUGGUUUCAGUGUCGACAUGUGAUAAAGGGCUUAGCUUUCCAGCAACCAGUCGAAGAAUAAUAAGACUUUUGAGUUUUUGUUUCUGUCUGUUGCAACUACUACACUCUAUCACUUGUCUUCUAAUCCAGUCAUGUACUCUUUUAUGGGUUUAUUAACACCUUUCUAAACUUUCCUGCCACAUUUAAAAGAAAAUCUAGCGAUUGUGUAA